UGUCUAAACAUGGGAUUGCUGUUGGUUGUUCUUGUUUCUUCUGCCGUGUUUUCUGCUAGCGGAGAGCUGUUCAGUGCAAUUGCACACAUGGAGAAUUUGGUCGCAGCCGAGCAGGACCUCGCACAGUCACUCGAUCGCUACCUCGAUGCUGAACAAGCGAGGCUGGAGAGAGUCAAAGCCAUUGCGCGUUUCGUAACGAACAUAAGCAAGGAAGCAAACGUUAAUGUCGACCGAUAUCUGGGCCAUCCGGUCAAUGCGUAUCGUCUACUUCGCCGCUUCAUGUCCGACUGGAGCACAGUCGAGAAUCUCGUCGUGAGGCCGGCAACCUCAGAAGAUUUUGCGUCACUGUUGUCUUAUUACAAGCCUACCUUUCCAAAUCAAGACGAUCUCUCAGGAGCAGCUACUGCUCUCAUGCGUUUACAAAACACCUACAGAAUAGUACCCAGUGAAAUGGUAGAUGGCAAAAUACCAGGAGACCAAAAGGAAAAACUGUCUUCUACGGACUGUUAUUAUCUCGGCACAGUAGCUUAUGAAGAUGAAAAGUACAAACAUGCCAGAGAUUGGAUGGAUGAAACUCUGAAAAGACUGGAAAUCGAAGACGCUAGUGAUCUGAAUGUGGUCAAUAUCUAUGACUAUCUGGCUUAUUCUGAGUACAAGUUGGGUAAUGUGAAGAGAGCUACUCGUCUGACCAGGAAAAUGAUUUCAUUGGAACCGGGCCAUUUGCGUGCACAAGCAAAUCUUGCCCAUUACCAACGAAUGCUGGCAGACGAAAGACUCAAGAGUGGUGAAGAACCCACAGGCGAUGAUGUAAUGGCAACAGAAGAAGAAGAAGAAAGACAGCCAACGUUUGAUGAAGAGAAAGACGAGGAUUACAGGCUUGAUUUGGAUCCAAGAUCUUGGCCUUGGGAGGUAGAACGUCGUAGAUAUGAGAAACUGUGUCGAGAGCCACUUCCAAUAGAUAGGUGGCGGGCAAAGCAUUUCAAAUGUUUUUAUUCGACUGGUGGACGAAAUCCUCAACUUGUUCUCAGACCAAUUGCUGUCGAAGUUGCCUAUAUCAAACCAACUGUUCUGGUGUAUCGCGGUGUUCUUUCGGAUGUUGAAAUGGAUCGUCUAAAGGAACUGGCCAGCCCUAUGUUGAUGCGAGCUACCAUAAUCCCUAAAGAGAAUGCUGGUCCUCCUGCUCCGGGUAAAUUCCGGAUAAGCAAAAGUGCGUGGCUUGGUCAAGAACACGAUAACACUGGGAUAGUUGAAAGAAUUAAUACUCGUAUUGAAGCUUUGACUGGUCUUGAUAUGAGUACAGCAGAGCAACUGCAGGUAGUAAACUAUGGAAUUGGUGGACAUUAUGAACCACACUACGACUACGCUCGGAAAGGAGAAGAUGCGUUCUCAGACUUGGAUAUAGGAAACAGGAUAGCCACAUUUCUCUUUUAUCUAAGUGAUGUUGAGGCAGGAGGGGCUACUGUUUUUCCUGGUGCUGGUGCAAGAAUAAUACCAUCAAAGGGUGAUGCCACCUUCUGGUAUAACUUAAUGCCCUCGGGAACCGGAGAUUUAUUAACUAGGCAUGCGGGCUGUCCUGUACUAUCUGGAUUCAAAUGGGUUUGCAACAAGUGGAUUCAUGAACGAGGUCAGGAAUUCAGAAGGGGCUGUAAAAUUAAUGAGAAUAUGGACUGGGAUAUUCAUGUCCCUGAAACCUAAAUGAAAUCUGUGCUACAAAGUUAUGAAGUUCUAUCUGUUCAGUGCUUACUCGUCCAGGCUAUAGACUUCCUAUAUCUGCAGUGUGCCUUUAUGCCAUUUCUUUCAAUAGAGUGAGAUGUACCUUA